AUGGAAGGGCCGGAGUUAUUCGCCAUUGUCAACGAAUUCCUGGCGGUGUUGGACCCGGCCCUACGGCAAGAUGCCUACAACCGGGCCUACCGCGCCAUCUGGGAAGAGCACUACUACUGGAGCCCCAUAUACGUCAACCUGCCCUGGGCCGUCAGCGAACGCAUCGCCACCUGGGAACCGUGGCCUCUGGGUCCCUAUGCCAGCGCUCUCUGGACGGUGACGCUGAAGUAG